UGCAUCAUCCCUGCCCAGCCGGUGACGUCAUGUCCAGGACUCUCAGUCUGGUUGUGAAGGGACUCAGACAGAAGAUUACUUUAAGUAUUGUACUUUGUACUACUUGUAUUACUGUAGUACAUGUAUUACGCCACAGUUAGGGCACAUUUAGUGGUGGCAAGACGCCCUUUCUCUGCUGAUUCGCCGGAACCGUACUGGGACUUUCCUUGCACUAUCGCGGAAGACAAAAGGUUGGAUGUUGACAGUUUUCCAGACCUCCAGACGCAGACAUUUUGGUGUCAUUUGAUUAUUGGUUUACAAAAGCUGCUCACGUCGCUAUUUCCACGUCCUCUUCCUCGGGGAAGAUGCCCAGCUCGCUUUUCGCCGACGGCAGCCUCCAUGGAGACGCACUGGACGAGCAGACCGCCCUGCAGAUCGCCCUGGACCAGCUCUCUCUGCUUGGGCUGAACACCGACGACCACCCGCUGUGCGACCCCGACGAACCCCGGGCUAGAAGUGUCAACAUGACCGAGUGUGUCCCGGUGCCCAGCUCUGAGCAUGUGGCCGAGAUUGUAGGCAGACAAGGUUGUAAGAUUAAAGCCCUGCGAGCAAAGACCAACACCUACAUUAAGACCCCAGUCCGAGGUGAAGAGCCCGUUUUUGUGGUGACGGGCAGGAGGGAGGAUGUGGCAAUGGCCAGGAGAGAAAUCAUCUCAGCGGCGGAGCAUUUCUCAAUGAUUCGAGCUUCCAGAAACAAAAACACCAGCCUGAAUGGGAAUGCUACUCCUGUUCCUGGCCCACCAAACAUACCCGGUCAGACCACAAUCCAGGUGCGAGUGCCUUACAGUGUCGUGGGUCUUGUCGUUGGUCCAAAGGGUGCGACAAUCAAGCGCAUUCAGCAACAGACUCAUACUUACAUUGUAACUCCCAGCCGGGACAAGGAGCCGGUGUUUGAGGUGACCGGGAUGCCAGAGAAUGUGGACCGAGCCCGCGAGGAGAUUGAAGCUCACAUCGCCAUGAGAACAGGCGGAGUAAUCGCGCUUCAGGAUGAAAAUGACUUUCAUGCCAAUGGGACGGAUGUGGGUUUUGACCUGCAUGGACAACCCAUGCUGUGGUCCAAGAAGGCUGGGAUGACGCUCACCUCUGUGUGCAAAACCUUCUCCAAAUAUCGCAACGAUUCGUCCUCCUCCCUUGGCAGCGCAUCCACUGACUCUUACUUUGGUACCAGUGGCUCCCGCAUGGUAGAUUACAGCCCCCCCAGUCCCACGCUUAGCUACACAACCAAUAACAUCAACAGCAACAACAACCACAACAUCACCAUCAACACGAAUGGAAAUGUUUGCGGAAAUGAGGCGAUCUCUCCAGACUGCAGUGACCCGACUUUUGACUCGCCACCAGGGCUUGAAACUGCGCCAACCCCAACUGGGAGGUUCUGGUCCCAGUAUGAAAACCGAAUCACCCCCUCCUUGACUGUAGGCAGUUCUCUGACCGCCACGCCGGCUAGUCACCCCGCCAAUGCCAACGGUGUGAUGGUGAGUCAAAGUAGGAUCAACAGGGACUCAUCCCAGUCCAGAACAUCACCUCCACCUCACGCUGAGCAGGUGUUAGCGCAACGGGGACAAAGUGAUCCCACUGGAGACUGGCUCGGUUUUCCUGGUAACGCACUGACGAGCGCUCACCUUUCGUAUGACUCCUCUGCUUCCUCUUCGUCGUCUUCUACCUCGUCUACCAGCCGAAAAGGCAGCCGCGACUGUUCAGUGUGCUUCGAAUGCGAGGUGAUCGCAGCGCUGGUCCCGUGUGGACACAACCUCUUCUGCAUGGAAUGUGCCAAUCGCAUCUGUGAGAGAAGCAAUCCCAAAUGUCCUGUCUGCCAAACCAGCGUCACUCAAGCUAUACGUAUAUUUUCAUAACACCUGACUGGUUUUGAACGGCAGGAAUACAACCUUGAGAAGUAUCAAUAAUCAUGAUCAAUUUGCAAAGUGUACAGUGGAAUACAUAGUUAUGUUCCAGGUUGUGGUAUCAGACGCUUGUUUUCAGGUGUCCAAAGUCUCUCUUGGGGGCCGCCUGUGGCUCGUGACUCUUUUUAUUGGCCCGUGGCAAAAAAAAGCCCCUAAAGCAAUUCUAAUACGUUUUUUAAUCAGAUUACAGGAAGCAGUUUCAGACUUUAGGGUCUAGGGGUUCACCAUCCAGUUUCCCACAAAAAUUUCUACAAAGUCCAAAUCAAGACGUGCCAUUUAAUGAAUGCCAUUGCUCUUCCACACGCGAUACAGCAUUCAUGGACUUGUCUUUGGACUUUAUGACGUGCAUGAAUGUACUUUAGAGUGCCACAUUUUUCAUUUGAUACUUUUCAAUUUUUUUUUUCAUUUCUAUUAAGAAAUUCCACCGUCAACUUUCCUUCCAGGACCUUCCAAGAAGAACGUCAGAAAGACCGUUGGAAGUUUCUUCAAAGCAGAAGAAGACAAUGAGGACCCCGAAUAUUAAUGAUGAUGAUAAUCUAACACAAAACAAAGUGAUUACUUAAAAUGUAAGCACAUGGUGCUAACAUAGUGGACACAUUUCCUCAUGGAAUCGUGAUCCCAAGUCAUCAAAUGAAGAUUUCCAGAAUGGAGAUCGGAUUAAUCGCAUACAAAAGUGAAAUAUAUAAAUCAAGUGCCCCCCUGCAUUCUUAGUAUUUUUCUGUAUGCAGGCCUCGUUGGACAAACUUUGGACACCCUUUCAAUGUUUGGGUCUGUCGGACGAAUACAAAUCAAGGACUGUAUUAGCUAGCGGAAAUAUUUUGAAUCUUAAGUGCAUGUUUUAAGUAUUACUAAACAGUAAUCCAUUUUUGUAGUCUGUUCCAUAUAUCCAUGUGACAGGAUGCCGCUCUGUUGAUCAAACUGUGGACGGUUAGCGGGCCAAGCUAAUGGAGUGUGUUCAAGUCUACGGACAUCCAAAAAUACUGUACUGACGUUUACAAAGCCAUCCUACACGUUGGCGUAUUGAAUGCAUUUGCUCAAACAUUCAAAUAGCGACAAGAAGAUUGAAGUAUUUGAUCCACUUUUGACUUGAAAGUUGUAUUUCUUAUUACCAAGAUGUUUACGGAUAUUUUGAGUUCAGUGAACUUUUUGUAGCGGGAUUUAAAUCUGGUUUAUUUUUUAGUAAUUGAUCACUGUUUUAUUUUGACAUCACACAAAUGUGUGCAGGAGAACAACAAGAUACUGUAUGUAUUGAAUUUGACAGUAUUGUAUUGGAAUGACAUUUUUUAAGCUUUUGAAUAUGCUUCACUUGGCAUAUUUUAUAUUCAGUAAUAUAAAGUAUUCUAUAUUGUUAUUUUAAAAAUUUUGACAUGUACAAAUCUUAGUAAGGGAACAGUUUGUAUGACUUACAUUUGUGUGGGAAUUACAGGUUUCUGUUGCACCACUACAGCUUUAGUAUUUCUAUUUUAAUACAUUUAUUUAUCAAUUGUUUACACAUAUGUAGUUAGGUUAGGGUAAAUGUGCUUAAUUUAGCACAUUUUAAGAACAAAAUAUAUUUUAUUUCAUGAUAAAAGGCCUUUAACCUCCUGGUUAUUAUUUCCCAAGACAAGAUUUGAAAAUGAAUCAAGAGUUUUAUUUUUCUGACAUUUUAAAGUUCUACAUAAGUAAUGGUGCUACUUGUUGUUUUUUUUUAAGUAUUUCAAAUAAAGAAUGGUACAUUAAAA